AUGAACGUGAACGACCUGGAGGUGGUGCUGGGGAUCCUCCGAUCCGCAGGGUUCAACGUGGCGCGCGCUGAUAGGCCGGAGGAGGCGCGGGUGAUUCUGGUGAACACGUGUGCGAUCAGGGAGAAUGCAGAGGCGAAGCGGCUGAAGGAGCAGCUAGUGGCGGCGGAUAAGAUGGUGGACGUGGUGUGUGGGCCCGAUGCUUACAGGGAUCUACCGCGGCUCCUAGAUGAGGUGGAAGCGGGUCAGACAGGAGUCAACACACUUCUCUCGCUCGACGAAACCUACGCUGACGUGUCACCUGUACGCCUCGCCUCUAAUUCUGUCAGCGCGUUUGUGACUAUAAUGAGGGGGUGCGACAACAUGUGCUCUUACUGCAUCGUGCCUUUCACGAGGGGCCGGGAGCGGUCCCGGCCAAUCAGGAGCAUCCUUGGGGAGAUUGAGGAGCUUGCCGGGCAGGGCGUGAAGGAAAUUUUUCUUCUCGGGCAGAAUGUUAAUAGCUACCGGGACACGUCAGAGAGCGAUACGGUUGAUUCAGUCACUGCCACUGUUUCUUCUUCUUCCCCCUCCUCCUCCUCCUCCUCCUCCUCCUCCUCCUCCUCCUCCUCCUCCUCCUCCUCCUCCUCCUCCUCCUCCUCCUCCUCCUCCUCCUCCCCCCCCCCCUCCCAACCGCACUUAACCCCUGGCUUUUCCACAAUCUACAAACCCAAGCUGGGAGGGAUCCGAUUUGCCUCCCUCCUAGACGAAGCUUCCCGGAGCUUUCCCGACAUCCGCUUCCGCUUCACCUCCCCUCACCCCAAGGACUUUCCAGAGGAGCUUCUUUCGCUCAUGGCUGCCCGGGGCAACGUGUGCAAAAGUUUGCAUCUGCCCGCGCAGAGCGGCAGCAGCAGUGUGCUGGGGAGGAUGCGCAGGGGGUAUUCAAGGGAGGCGUAUCUGCAGCUGGUGGAUCGAGUGAGGAGCAUUGUACCUGGCGCUGCCAUUAGCAGUGACUUUAUCACUGGAUUCUGCAGCGAGACAGAGGAGGAGCACCAGGAGACGCUCUCUCUCAUGCGAGCAGUGGGAUACGACAUGGCCUACAUGUUUGCCUACUCGCUGCGCCCGCGCACGCAUGCCCACCGGCGGCUGGAGGACGAUGUACCGGAGGAGGUGAAGCAGCGACGGCUGAGUGAACUCGUCUCUACCUUUCGGGAGACCACAGCUGCCAGAUACGCGGCUCAGGUGGGAAUCAAGCAGGUGGUGCUUGUGGAGGGUCCCAACAAGCGCUCUCCACUCACAGAGCUGAUUGGGAAGACUGACCUGGGCCACCGAGUGACCUUCCACAACUCCCUCCACCAGCAUUUGACAGCAGCGGACAGGAAACACAAGGGUUCUUCGCUGGACUUGGAAAAUGGGGGGGAUGGGGGUGGGGCUGCAUGUGCAUUUCUCACGCUCAGAUGUUCCGUUUCUCACGUGCAUUUUUUCGUCGUUGGAGGUGAUUCGUCUUUUGAGUCGACUCAACAUUCAGCAUGUGCAAUUCUCACGUUCGUCACGUGCAUUUUUCCUCCUUCGAUGCGAUUCGAUCCGACCUCCUCCAGCCACAUCAUCAUGCGGACCCACGAGACCCGCACGGAGGGCGUGCUCGACUGCACAGGCGCGCUCACCGUCCUCGCUACAAAGCUCACCGCUGUCGCGUAUAACUACCAGGACGGGCUCACGCUGCUCAAGGAGAAGGACCAAGGCGCGAAAGCCAAGGACGAGAAGGAGAAGAAGGAACUAACCGAGGAGCAGAGGCGGCGCGAGGAGCGGAUGGAGCGCUCGCGACUGGAGCGGCGAAAGGCGGCGCUGGUUAUCAUGCCGUCGCCGUUGGAGCUGUUGGGAUACCUGUUCUGCUUCGGGCUGCACAUGACGGGCCCGUUCUUCGAGUUCAAGGCAUACGACGACUGGACCCGCCGACAAGGGAUCUGGUCCCCAAGUCUCAAGCAGCCGCCCACCAUCCCGCCGUUCUUCCGCGCGUUCGUACAGGGCAUCCUCGCGGCGCUCGUCUUCCUGCUCGUGUCCCCCUCGCUCGACCUCACGCGCAUCAGCGACCUGCGCAAGAACCGCGCGUACCCCUUCCACCUGCGCUGGCUGUUCGCGCACCAGGCCAGCAUCGUGUGGCGCUUCCGCGCCUACAUCCUCUGGAGCAUCACUGAAGCUGCUAUGGUCGUCGGCGGGCUCGGCUUCAGCGGGUGGGAGGGUCACAAAGGGAAGGGGGAGGCUGGGAAGGGCGGGGGAGUGACGGGGGGAGUGGAGGGGGUGAACGGGGGUGGGAAGGGCGGGGAUGGGGGGAAGCGGGAGGGUGAUGAGACGUGCGCGGCGCCUGGAGGGGAGGGGGAGGGGAAGGCGCUGUGGAAUAGGGCGCGGAACGCGGAUAUCCUGGGGUUCGAGUUCCCCAAGAGCUGCCUCGAUUUCGCCACCACGUGGAACAUCUCCUACGGCCUCUGGCUCCGACUCUAUGUGUACGAGCGCAUGGUGCCGCCCGGCAGGAAGGCAACGUUCUUUCACAUGCUCGCCACCAUGUUCGUCAGUGCCGUCUCCCAUGGAUUGAAUUGGGGCGACUUCAUCUUCUUUGCCAACUGGGCACUUGUUGUUGCCAGCUCUAAAG